CCGUGUCCGCGCGCCUGGCCUGCAGACUGGAACCCGAGGACGUCACCGCGGAGCAGAGUGAUUCCUAUUGGCUGAUUCAGGCAGUGUUCCAUUGUGGACGUCACAAUGCGGAAGUUGGACAAUGAGCUUCAGACUGAAACUUCCUCUUCUGGGCAACAUCUGUGAGGAAAUCAAUGUUUCCCCCUUUCCAUUUCUUUUCUCAUUCUGGGGGCAAAUUGUUGACUUGCAGGAACUGAAGGGAAAGGAAGUGAAUCCAGGGAGGGUGCAGACUCUGGAAAGGAUAUUAGAAGGGGAGGAUUUUCAGCCUGAAAUCUCAAACCAAACAUUGUGUAAAGAUCUGAUAGAGUCAUCCAAAUCAUCAGGAUCUGAUUAUCAUCGGCUGUUGAAUCCGUUAGGAGAAAUGUUUGUCUGCACUGUUGCUUCAAAAUGUUUUCAUCAUAAGCGUGACUGGGUAAACACCGAGACACAUGCACCUGACUGAGUGUUGCAGUGAAAUGAGUGUGGAAAGAGCUUUAACCAGUUACACAGUCUGAAAAUAUAUCACCCGAUUCACAGCGGGGUGAGGCUGUGCACGUGUUCUGUGUGAGGACGAGGCUUCAACUGAUCAUCAAACCUGGAGAGUCACAAGGAUGCCUGUAUCAUGGAGAAGCUGUGGAAAUGUGGGGACUGUUGGAAGGGUUUCCGGUUCCUGUCUGCGUUGGAAACUCAUCGACGCAUUCACACUGGGGAGAGGCCAUUCACUUGCUCCAUGUGUGGGAAAGGAUUCACUGAUUCAUCCACGCUUCGGAAACACCAGCAUGUUCACACCAGGGAGAAGCCGUUCACUUGCUCCGAGUGUGGGAAGGGAUUCAGAGAUUCAUCCCACCUGCUGACACACCAGCGAGUUCACAUGGGGGAGAGGCCAUUCGCCUGCUGUGUGUGUGGGAAGGAAAUCACUCAGUUUUGUAAUCUGGUGAUGCACCAGCGAGUUCACACUGGGGAGAGGCCACUCAUUUGCUCUUUGUGUGGAAAGCGAUUCAAUCACUUAUCCAACCUGCUGAGACACCAGCAAGCUCACAGUGGAGAGAGGCCGUUCACCUGCUCUGAGUUUGGGAAAAGAUUCACUGAUUCAUCCAACCUGCUGAGAUACCAGCAAGUUCACACCGGGAGAGACCAUUCGCCUGCCCUGAGUGUGGGAAGGGAUUCAGUCAGUUCUCGAGCCUGUGGAAACACCAGUGAGCUCACACUGUGGAGAAGCCAUUCACCUGCUCUGAGUGUGGGAAUGGAUUCUCUGUCACCACCUGUUGACACCCCAGCAAGUUCACAAGUGAUUACAGGGGUUGGAUUAUGCUGUUAUUGCUGUUGUUAAUCACAUCCAGAAAUGAAACAUGUUCAUUCUGACACUUGGUGAAGUGGGAGGGUCAGAGGGUUUCUUUCUGCUGGACUGGCCGGUCUCACGACUUUGCUUCCAGUAGGCUGAUGCUCUUUGAGCCUGGAAGUGCAUAUUUCCACUGAAAGCUGAUGAAGUACACUUACUUUAUCCUGGAUAGUAAAUUGUGUUUUUCCUACCACUACAGGUAUAUCUGAAAUAAAUGCAUUUGUCUCUAUUCCAUUGAGUCUCGAGGCUGGAGUGUAGAUUUAUAAGAAUGACACAAGUCAUCAGUCAGAUGGUGCAUUCUCCAUGGCAAUGCAUCCACCAAUUAGAGCCCAUUUGCCAAUCAAUCAGCACUCUCCUCUCAUGAAGUAUAAAUUAUUGUUCUCUUUACA